ACUUAUAGUAUUUAAAAUUUUAUUUCAGGAAUGCAAGACUUUAACUACUUAUCUUCCAAUGAUUUUGAAAUUACCUUGGAGCUGGGUUGUGACAAAUAUACAAAAGAAAGCGAACUAGAAAAUGAAUGGAACAGAAACAAAAAUGCACUUAUCAAUCUGAUUUGGCAGUCACACAUAGGAAUUAAAGGAAUAAUUGAAGACGCAGUUACGUCAAAACCAUUAGCAAAUGCAUUCAUAAAAGUGGUAAAUGUUACUGACGGCCAACUGUCACCAAUCUUGCACGAUGUAACUUCCGUUCAAGACGGAGAUUAUUACAGAUUGCUCACAGAUGGGGAUUAUCACGUCACAGCUUCCAUGGAUGGAUACUUAUCUUCGACUAAAUUGGUUACUGUCAAAAAUAAACACCAUAACGAAGCGAAAAUAAUUAACUUUGCGUUGCAACCGAUAAUUUUACCCAGUAAUAAUAAUAAAAAAAGAAAGCGUUCUGCAUAUUCGAAUUCAAUCACUGAUGAUAAACUACAUAUGUUUUAGUACGAAUCAAUCUUCUUUCAACAUUAAUGCCUAUACAUCCUAAUUUGGCACAAUAUACAUAUAUUAUAAUUUAUCAAUAAAUAGCAAUGAAGAGUCUAUAUAUUAUUAUGUCAAUACUAGAACAAUUUUAUUACGUUUGUCUUUAGAACAGAAUAGAUGUAUAGUCGAACAGACUAUAGAAGUAUAAUAUAACUAAUAACUAUUUAAUUUAAUUUAGUUUCAAUUACAGAGUUUAACUAAUCCCUGGAAUUUAUACUUCAUUUGUUGAGUUUUUCUUUUGUUAUUUAAAUGUAAAACGUUUGUGAAAAAUAUUAUGGGAUCAUA